AUGUCCACCAACACCACAGACGUCAUCAUCGUCGGCGCCGGCCUGUCCGGUCUCUCGGCGGCACGCAAACUGCACAAGGCAGGAAAGUCCUUCGUCGUGCUCGAGGCCCGCGACCGUGUCGGCGGCAAGACGCUCACGCACCACGUCGGCGACGGCAUUGUCGAACUCGGCGCGGCGUGGGUGAACGAGUACACGCAGCCGCGUAUCUGCGCUCUGGCGAAGGAGUCAGGCUCGGACCUUGUGCGGCAGUACGUGGACGGCAACAACGUCUUCUACGCGGGCGGGCAGCGCUCCCUCUCGACCGGGAGCAUGGGGAGUGUGGGGGACCCCCUCGCGCCCCUGCAUGCCAAGAUGGAGGCUCUUGCCGAGCGCAUCGAGCCGAAGCUGCUACGCCAGGAUCCGCAGCCGGAUGCCGAAAUCUUCGACCUGGACGGGCAGACGGUAUACACCUGGUAUCGUGCGCAGGGGGCCAGCGAAGAGGACAUCGUCCAGUUUCUCGAGCCGGCACUGAAUGGGCUGUACGGCGUGGGUAGCACGGAGCUCAGCUUCCUCUACCACGCGCUCGGCGUCAAGGCUGAUGGUGGAUUCGAGGCCAUGAUCGAAACAAACGAGAAGGGUGCCCAGUACCAGCGCACGUCGAAGGGAAACCAGCAUAUGAGCAAGUACCUCGCCACUCUCUUCCCCGAUAGCGUCAAGCUCAACUCACCCGUGCGCGAGGUCAUCCAGUCCGACGGCUCUGUCACUGUCAAGACGCCGAACGGGUCAUACACCGGCAAAGCCGUGAUUGUUGCGAUCGGCACGGUGCUGCUGGACACGAUCGAGUUUACGCCCCCUCUGCCGCUGCAGCAGCGGCUGGCCAUCGAGCGCUCCUUCACGGGAUACUACUCCAAGGUGGUGCUUCUUUACAAGACCGCCUGGUGGCGCGAGAAGGGCUUCAGCGGAAUGGCCGUGUCUCCCAUGCCCGAGGAGAGCAUGCAGACGACUUUCGACCAGGUGUCGGGCAACGUGUAUGCGCUGACCGCCUUUGUGGUGGGGCCAAAGGGGCAGGCAUGGGCGUUCGCGGGCGGAGAGAAGAAGGGCGCAGCCAAGGUCGUCGAAGACGUCGCGCGGGUGUAUGGGUGCGACGAGGCCCGGCAUCCCAUCGAUGUCAUCGUGCAGCAGUGGACGGACGAGAAGUGGUCGCGCGGCGCACCUGGUGCGUUCUUCGGCCCGGGCCAGAUUGCCAUCGCAGGCGCGUUCAGGCAGCCCACUGGGCGCUUGUUCUGGGCCGGAACCGACAAUGCUACCGAGCACAUCGGAUACAUGGAGGGCGCGGUGCAGGCGGGCGAGGCGCGGGCGGACGACGUGCUCAAGCUCCUGGGCUAA